AUGGAUCUUGAGUUCGGGAGGGGCCUGAGAUCCCCAAAGAGGGACUCAUGGAAGACCACCUUGCUGCUGGCGUACCAGAGCUUGGGGGUGGUCUAUGGAGACCUCAGCAUAUCUCCGCUGUACGUGUACUCGAGCACCUUCGCCGAGGACAUCCAGCACUCGGACACGAACGACGAGAUCUUUGGCGUGCUCUCCUUCGUGUUCUGGACGCUCACCUUGAUCCCUCUCAUCAAGUACGUCUCCGUUGUCCUACGAGCUGACGACAAUGGCGAGGGAGGAACGUUUGCCCUGUACUCUCUGAUUUGCAGGCACGCCAAUGUGAGCCUUCUCCCGAACCGUCAGAUUGCUGAUGAGGAGCUUUCCACCUAUAAACUGGAAUGCCCUCCUGAAAUAACCGACAAGUCCCGUAUCAAAGUGUUGCUUGAGAAGCACAGGAAGCUGCGCGUUGCUCUACUGAUCAUGGUUAUGAUUGGCACAUGCAUGGUUAUCGGGGACGGCGUUCUCACACCAGCUAUAUCUGUGUUCUCAGCAGUUUCAGGCCUUGAGUUUUCACUGUCCAAGGAUCACCGUGAAUAUGCUGUCAUUCCAAUAACCUGUGCCAUAUUAGCAUUCCUAUUUGCCCUCCAGCACUAUGGUACACACAGGGUUGGAUUUCUCUUUGCCCCGAUAGUUCUAGCCUGGCUAUUCUGCAUGAGUGCUCUUGGCCUUUAUAAUAUCAUCCACUGGAAUCCUCACAUCUACAAGGCUCUAAAUCCUUCUCAUAUGUUCAAGUUCUUAAAAAAGACUAGAAAGUAUGGUUGGAUGUCACUUGGUGGAAUCUUGCUCUGCAUGACAGGAUCGGAAGCAAUGUUCGCAGAUCUUGGACACUUCUCAUACAGUGCAAUCCAGCUUGCUUUCACUUGUCUAGUCUACCCAGCACUGAUUUUGGCAUACAUGGGUCAAGCUGCUUACUUAUCAAAACAUCAUGACUUUUACUCUAGUUCAAAAGUUGGAUUUUACAUCGCAGUUCCAGAUAAGAUCAGAUGGCCAGUGCUUAUAUUGGCAAUUUUGGCUUCGGUAGUCGGAAGUCAAGCAAUCAUCAGCGGAACAUUCUCAAUCAUCAACCAGAGCCAGUCCCUGAGCUGCUUCCCUCGAGUAAAAGUUGUACACACAUCUGAGAAAAUUCAUGGCCAAAUAUACAUUCCUGAGAUCAAUUGGUUGCUUAUGAUCCUUUGCAUUGCUGUGACCGUUGGAUUUAGGGAUACAAAACACAUGGGAAAUGCAUCUGGUAAUAUAAACUACUUGACACUAGCUAUUACAGUGUCCGAUUAUUUUGGCUUCUUGAUUAUUUUGCUAUUAUCACAGUGUCAGAUUAUCCUCGAUGACGAUCGCAUGUCCGCAGGUUUGGCUGUGAUCACAGUGAUGCUGGUGACCACGUUCCUGACAUCCUUGGUGAUCGUUCUGUGCUGGCACAGGCCACCGCUGCUGGCACUGGCUUUCCUCCUGUUCUUUGGAUCCAUCGAGGCGCUCUACUUCUCUGCGUCCCUGAUUAAGUUCCUGGAAGGCGCGUGGCUGCCCAUCCUCCUGGCGCUGAUCCUGAUGGCCGUCAUGCUCAUCUGGCACUACACGACCAUCAAGAAGUACGAGUUCGACCUGCACAACAAGGUGACCCUGGAGUGGCUCCUCGCCCUCGGCGACAAGUUGGGCAUGGUCCGCGUCCCCGGCAUCGGCCUCGUGUACACGGACCUGACGUCGGGCGUCCCGGCCAACUUCUCCCGGUUCGUGACCAACCUCCCGGCGUUCCACCAGGUGCUCGUGUUCGUGUGCGUCAAGUCGGUGCCGGUGCCGUACGUGUUCCCGGCGGAGCGGUACCUCAUCGGGCGCGUCGGCCCGCCGGGCCACCGCUCGUACCGGUGCAUCGUGCGCUACGGCUACCGCGACGUGCACCAGGACGUGGACUCGUUCGAGACGGAGCUCGUGGAGACCCUGGCCACGUUCAUAAAGCUGGACGCCUCGUACCGCUGCAGCGAGGCCAGCGAGCAGGAGCUGGAGCCCGGCGAGCGGGAGCGGCGGCUGACCGUGAUCGCGAGCAACCCGCUCCGGCGCCGCGCCAGCUACGACCUCCAGGACAGCAUGAAGCACUCGGCAGCGUCCACCGUGGAGAUGCGCGCCACGGCCACCGCCGCCUCCGCUGACGACAACGACGACAGCCUGAGCCCCGGGCGCGCGGAGAUCAGCUCGGCGGCAGCGGGGCCGAAUCAGGUGCGGUUCUUCACCGACAGCCACGUGGCGAGCCCGGAGUUCGCGGACAACAAGCAGGUAGCGGAGGAGCUGGAGGCGCUGGCGGCGGCCCGGGAGUGCGGCACGGCGUUCAUCCUGGGGCACUCGCACGUGCAGUGCAAGCCCGGCUCGUCGGUGCUGAAGCGGCUGGCGGUGGACGUCGGGUACAACUUCCUGCGGCGCAACUGCCGCGGCCCAGACGUGGCGCUGCGCGUGCCCCCGGCGUCGCUGCUGGAGGUCGGCAUGGUGUACGUGCUUUGA